AUGGAACGGCUGCAGAAGCAACCACUUACCUCCCCUGGGAGCGUCAGCUCCUCCCGAGACUCCAGUGUUCCCGGCUCUCCCUCCAGCAUCGUGGCCAAGAUGGACAAUCAAGUGCUGGGCUAUAAGGACUUGGCUGCCAUCCCCAAGGACAAGGCCAUCCUGGACAUCGAGAGGCCUGACCUCAUGAUCUAUGAGCCCCACUUUACCUAUUCUCUGCUGGAACACGUGGAGCUGCCCAGAAGCCGGGAGCGCUCGCUGUCACCCAAAUCCACAUCCCCCCCACCAUCCCCAGAGGUGUGGGCAGAGAGCCGGUCUCCUGGAACCCUCUCUCAGGCUUCAGCCCCCAGAACUGCUGGGACCCCCCGGACCAGCCUGCCCCAUUUCCACCAUCCUGAGACCACUCGCCCAGAUUCCAAUAUCUACAAGAAACCCCCCAUCUACAAGCAGAGAGAGUCCACGGGAGGCAGCCCUCAAAGCAAGCACCCCAUUGAGGACCUCAUCAUCGAAUCCUCCAAGUUCCCUGCAGCCCAGCCUCCCGACCCCAACCAGCCGGCCAAGAUCGAAACGGACUACUGGCCGUGCCCCCCAUCACUGGCUGUUGUGGAGACAGAAUGGCGGAAGCGGAAGGCAUCGAGGAGGGGGGCCGAGGAGGAGGAGGAGGAGGACGACGACGACUCUGGGGAGGAGAUGAAGGCACUCAGGGAGCGGCAGAGAGAAGAACUCAGUAAGGUUACUUCCAACUUGGGAAAGAUGAUCUUGAAAGAAGAGAUGGAAAAGACACUGCCUAUCCGGAGGAAAACCCGCUCUCUGCCCGACCGGACACCCUUCCAUACCUCCUUGCACGCAGGAACAUCUAAAUCUUCUUCCCUCCCCGCCUAUGGCAGGACCACCCUGAGCCGGCUCCAGUCUACAGACUUCACCCCAUCUGGGAGCGAGGCUGAAAGCCCAGGCCUGCAGAAUGGAGAGGGCCAGAGGGGGAGGAUGGACCGGGGGAACUCCCUGCCCUGUGUGCUGGAGCAGAAGAUCUAUCCUUAUGAAAUGCUGGUGGUGACCAAUAGGGGGCGAACCAAGUUGCCUCCAGGUGUGGAUCGGAUGAGGCUGGAGAGGCACCUAUCAGCGGAAGACUUCUCUAGGGUCUUCUCCAUGUCUCCUGAAGAGUUUGGCAAGCUGGCUCUGUGGAAGCGGAAUGAACUCAAGAAAAAGGCCUCUCUCUUCUGA